AUGGCGUCAGUAUUUAGAAAUCAGAAAAAGAUCUACACCUUAAGAGAGUUUUACGAAUCAGAUGUGAAUCUUCCGGUUAUUAUCUACAUUGAAGAAGGGUUCAAGGGAAGCAAUAACGUAGAAACUAUUGGACCAGCACAGUAUUUCUUCAUUCAUGCGGUAUACAAACAGAAGAGGGUGAUGACAAGAGGUCAUGUCCCGGCUGUGUGUACUGACAAAUGCCUCCUCAGUAUCCCUGUUACAUACCCAAUAAAAUUCAGACGUGUGGAGAGCAGACUUGAUGUUGGAUCCGAGGAAUUUAUGUGGUCCCUCCUCCGGAAGUAUGAUCCACCAUUCCAAGUACAAAUGUCUCGGACGGAUGGACGCAGUUUGAGCGUAGGACUGACCUCCACGACUACAUCGAAUAUUUCAAAUCUCCUUGUGAUGCGAAAAUACAAGGAAAUAUAUCUUCUUGGCAACCUUUUGGACCAAGGGAAUGGAGCUCUUUAUUACAAACACGUGACAGCCAUUCCACUCUAUAUGCAAGAGGUCAAGGUCAGGUUAGUGGAUGGAUUUUCAAAAGGAAUGGCAGGUCAAUUUGCACUCUACAUGGAUGAACUGUACGCAUUUGCUCUCCAGAAUAUUGAUCUGCGCGGUAAUCAUGGGAAUAGAGACAUAUCAAUUACUAUGGAGAAAACAAACACGUUUGCUAAGUCUCAAAUGUGUGAAUACCUCGAACCUGAUCGUUACAUAGCACUACAGUGGCCCAAAGUUCCAAAGGAGUCUGCAGAGAGUAACUUUCGGCAGUCAUACAAGCCAAAUCUAGGCUACAGUAACUCUACUUGCAGUCUGGAGCCAACGGCUUUCAGAACUGAAAAAAGAUUACGUCAGUUAGAAGAAAUUAAACUAGCGGAAGGACAUGACGAAAUCACCAAGGUCUUCACUCAGGAUUACACACCCUUAGAUGAUAUCCGUGACCUUAAGAGACCGGUAUCGGUACCGGAACAGCGGAAAUACUUAGAACCAACAGCUCCACCGAAAGAGGAAAUGCCGCCCGGGUUGCCUCCAAGAUAUCAAACUGCAUUGCCCGUUGUAGCUAAAGGAACAGAGAAAUCAAAGAAUAGUUCAUCUGAAAAAAAUCCUACGGAAGAUGAUGACGAUAUUCAUGAAGAUGAGAUGAAAUAUUUUACGUCCAUUCCGUUUUACGACAAAAAUAGAACGGGUAUCCAGAUGAAAUUGUCAAAAGAACUAAUGAAAGUUUGCGAAAGAAGAAAAGAGCCCGAAAAAGAAGACAAAAUGACGUCAUAUAACCACAUUGAACCGGAAGUGGAUUAUGACAUGCUUCCUUCCGGACGUCAACCAAAGUCAUGUGUGGGGCAGAAUAAAGUACAUAGUGCAGGUAUACACCGAGGAAAUGUACCUGACGUAACAUAUGAAACCCGAAAUGAUCAUGGGGAAAAGCAAACAAGGAUGAACUUCGACCCUCAAAUGGCCUUUGCUCGAAUGACCGUUGAUGAUGUAGUGGAAUUACUGAGAAGGUUGAAUUUGGAUAAAUAUGAGGCAGUGUUUAGAACCGACAUGGUCGACGGAUUCAUGUUGAGUGAUCUUACAGAAUCUGAUCUCCGUGACAGCUUUGGAUUUACAAGCGUUGAAUCGAAAAGGUUGAUGAAUUUUAUAUUGCAUAGGCAUCUACCGAAGAUGAUGUGA